AUGUCAUCUGCAUUGUCAUCAAUUGUUUUAUUAUUUCUAAUAUCUGUUCUAAUUGUUGAGAAUAGUGCUGUUAAUUCAUGCAAAGCUCAAGUUUAUCUAAGUGAUACGUGUAGUACUACAGUAUCCGUUCCCAAUGGUUGUACUUCAGGUAUUUUUAAUUUAACUAAUACUAAUUAUGCAAAAUGCAAUACGAUGAAUACUUUUUGGUCUUAUCCACAAUAUAAUUUAACAUUAAUUAUUGAGACACCAUUUACACAACAACAUCAACGAUAUGCCAUCUAUCUCAAUAACGAACAAUUAAUGUCAGCUAUCUCACAUGUCUAUCGAAUAAUUAAUAAUCAAGAAAGAUGUGUAACCCCUAGUGAAAAUACUCAUCAAGCGAGUACGACUUUCCAGCGUGAGUACUCAUAUUACUCACGCGAGUACUCGAGGAAUUUUAUGUGUAUUUUUACUCUCCGUGUACUCUAAUGAGUACUCGUACGAGUGUAUUUUUAAAAAUUUACUCAUAGGCAGAUAGAUGAGUACUCAAAGUCGUACUCAUGCUAGUUGUUUCGCAGAAUAUUUAGCAAAACACUUAUGCAUUAGCAUAUACAAAAAUAAAUUGGAGCUAUAUAGUAAAAAAACUAAUGUAAUAAAAUGAAAAAUAGAGAAAAUCAAUUGAAUAAAUUAUUUAUUUUAUACUCUAUUUUUUUUGGAUGAAUCAUUUGUGCGAAUAAAACAAAUGGUGACUUUAAGAUAGAAAAGAAUAAUGAUUUUUCAUUUUCAUUUGUUCAAUUCUUCAGAAAGAUUAAGUUUUUUCUAAAUAUAUUAAUGUAGAUUCGUUUUUAUUUUAUUUCCUAAGCUUAGGCCAAAAUUCUUUCAUUAAAAUGCAAUUUUUUUAGAUUGAUUGUAGAAUAUCAUGGAACACAAGGCAGUUCGCAAAUUGUGUUACAAAUCGAUCGCGAUUUUAAAAUAAGAUGUGUUAAUAAACUAUAGACAAAUAAUUUUAUUUUGUAUUUAUUUUUUUGUAAAUUUCCUGAUGAUUGUAAAUAGCGAUGGAUUUAAAAAUGUCUGUUUAGUCUUCUAGUGUAAUAAGCAAUACUGUACGUUCAUUUAUUGUCACGUUUCUCAUUGUCGUUGAUUAAUUUAUUAUUUUUCUGCUUCAGUGUAUUUUACUGUCCUUAAUUUAUGUCUUAUUGUACUCUCAUUCUCUAGGAUAUAGAGAAAGAAACUUUUAUUGUUAGAGAAGAUAAUUAAAUAUUUCUUUUUUCUUUAUUUUAUAUAAUGAAA